ACACUCGGAGGACGUACGCCCGCGUGUACUUAUGGUACAUGAUUUCGAGGACUCUCUUUCCUGACAGUGGGGGGAAGCUGGCCCAUUGGUGUUGGCUGAAGGCGCUUACGGUGUUGGAUGACCGGUGGAGUUGGGGAACAGCGGCACUUGCCUACCUCUACCGGCAGUUGGACGAAGCUUGUCGCAGGACUGGGAGCAGGACUGGGAGCGGCGGUAUUGGUGGAUGCAUGCUCCUACUUUCCGUAUGGAGCUGGGACCGCCUAUCAGUUGGGCGUCCCAGGGUACUCACCGAGACGCCAUGGCCUCAUCACCCUCACUUUCCUGAUCGGGAGCCCACUUGGGCGUACCUUUGGGACAAUGUCUCGGAGAUGACGAGCGAUCCAAUGGUCAUGUACAGGCAGUACACUGCGGAGUUGGACACUCUUACCGCUGAGCAGGUGGAAUGGGAGCCAUAUGGUAGCUACUACCAUAUUGGCGCGGGGAUGGCUGACCUGAACCACAAGUGCACGGAGGAGGCGCGGUUCUGGCGUAUGCGCUGCCCACUCAUAUGCAUGUGGCUUGUUGAACACCACCAGCCGCAAAGAGUGAUGAGACAGUUUGGGCUGUAUCAGGAGUGCCCACCACUGUGGCAAGACACGGACAAGGCGCUUCAUAGGCUUGAUAGGCAGCGGCAGAGGAAGAUCACAAAUUGGCCAGUCCAUCAUAGCGGCCACAUCGCAGCGUUCCAACACUGCUUGGAAGCGGCACGGAAUGCUGGCCCUGAGCAGAUUGUGCCUCACGACUUCACCGCUUUCAACAACUACCUCGAGUGGUUCCAUCAGAACACGCGUAUCGAGUUAGUGAAGCACGCGUAUCGUGAGGAGAUCUUGGACGACCCCAUCCAGUUCGAUGAGGUUGGGGAAAGCCAGCACGACACUUUUGCUCGCAGAGGGAGAUCGACUUCUAUUGCUUCCGAGCUGAACUUCGUGGUAAUGGAUUCUCUCACUAACUAGUACAUCAUCUAGAUUGCCAUGUGCUCGCUUAAAUUGUGUAUGCUAUGUUUGUCACAGCGGGAGGAGAUCCAAAAAACAGCUGACGAGUGCGAGAUUAUGUGGGAGCAGAGCCACAGAGAUGAAAAGCCAGUCGGACCGUUGCGGAAUUUCAUUAAGGUAUGAUCACCAACUUUGAAUGUACGCAAUUAUGUUCUGGUGGCUUUGUAACCGUGAGUUCCAUGACGCAGAACACUGCACGAAAGAUGCGGCGGUUAGCGAACUUG